AUGCCUCCGCAUGAAGAAAAUGUCGAAAAUGAAGUGGUGUUAGUUAGCAACGCGAACAAUUUAAAACUUUUUAACAUGACAGAUGUUCCAGAUAUAGAUUCGUCUGAAAAUAGCACCGGGCAUACAUCAAAGGGCGUUCCAAACAAUGAUAAAGAAGGGGUAAAAAAACCAGACACCUAUAAUGCGAUAUUAAUGCAUGCAAUAACGGGUGGUCUAAGAACUUAUCUCUUGGCACAUGGUGCACGUGGCGGGCUAAAUUUCUUCUUGCAGUUGACAAUGAUGUUACGAAAAAGCAAGAUAAGAAUCGGACAUGCAUUUCGAUACGGAUUUUUUGGUAAAGACGCGUUGCGUUUUGGUUUAGCUUUUGGUGGAUUUUCUUUUCUUUGGAAACUAAUCAACAAUGGGCUAAGACACGCUCGAGGAAAAGAUGAUAGGUGGAAUGGGAUGGUGGCUGGAUCAAUCGCCGGACUGUCAAUAUUGGCAGAGAAACGUGAAAGACGCAUAUCAAUUGCCCAACAAUUAUUCGUUCGUGCUAUGCAAGGAGUAUAUAAUGCUGGACGCGCUCGAGAUUAUUUUCAUUUUCCACAUGGAGAUUCUCUGUUAUUUGCUGUUUGCAGUGCACAACUGCUUUAUGCAUAUACUAUCCAACCCGAUACUAUACCGCCAGAAUUCUUGCAAUUCAUGGUAAAGACUGCGAGAGUUCCACGCGAAGUAUUAGCUCUUAACAAAAAAUAUGUUACGACAAAUAUGCCAAUAGAUGUGGAAGAAGCAUUGAAUAUACUUCGAAAAUACAAGGGGACUGAGUAUGCAUUUAAGGUUGUUUCCAAAAUGGGACAGCAUCCAACUACCAUACCCUGUGCAUUGAUACAUUCAUCUUCCGAUUCGUGCAUGUACGCAGACGUCGAAAGAUUUUAUAAAGUAUUUAAAGAUAUACUACCGAUUUACACAGCUUUAAAUACAGUUUCGAUGUUAGUCUUUAAAACGAAAGACUUUUUCCAAAAUCCACUAGAUCGAAUACAGAAAAGCGUCUUUAAUACUGUUAGAUCUAGCGCAUUUUUGUCCACUUUUGUUUCGGGUUAUCUGACUGAAAUAUGUUUUCAUCGAAAUUUGGUCAACUAUGGACUGACAGCCUGGGAUCAUAAAUACCUGUAUUGGAUAACAGGUUUCAUUACGAGUCUAUCGAUUUUCCUCGAAGAUAAAAGACGACGAACUGAUUUGGCUUUGUAUGUGCUCCCGAAAGCUGCAGAGUCUUGGUACAAGAUCAUGUAUCAACGAAAUUGGAUAUUUGAAUUGCAUAAAAAUGCUGAUGUGUAUUUCUUUUCGGCUGCAAUGGGGAUAGUAAUGGCAUUUUAUCAACAUGAACCCGAAGUGUUAAGUCCCAUCGUGAGAACGGUGUUAAGGAAAUUUGCAGGAAAAAAUUAA